AUGUCCAAAAGGUCUGCGGCACAAACUACCGCUUCAGUCACCCCACGGGGUCCGGACAUUACAUCUGCUGUCUCAAACACUUUGGACAAUUUUACGGAAAACAAUGAUGCCCUCGCAAAGAUACUGGAAAAACACGGUACUGGUGGCAACAUCAGUGACAGGACCAAGAAGGCGGCACACGAGCUGGUCCUAGACUUAUACACGAAAUUGUCAACUAGAUGUCAGUUGGGUCUUUACUCGGGCAACCUGCUGUAUCACUUAGUCGAGGGCGUCAACCAGUUUGAGAUAACCUGCGCUCGACAGAGAUCGAAUUACAGAAAGCUGGUACGAACCAUUCGGGAAGUUGAAGCGGCCAGACAUUUCAUGAUAGAUCGGGUGACAGAAAUGCAGAACAUUCUUUCCGCUACUCGGGAAGCUGGUCUCUACUGGAAGUUUAUGUACGAGUUGAGGCAGUUUGAGUACAAUCUGGCGGGGGCCCUGGAUGAAAGGAAAAUCUGGCGCAGUUCCAAGGACUAUGACACACUGUGGAUUGCAGAAAUUGCUGGACCCCUGCAAACAGCGUUGCAGCCCAUUUACGCUGCAAUUGUUCCCUCCUUGAUCGAGGAUGGCAUGAAAAUGGCUAUUAACUUGCCCAAGCCGGAAGAUGACGGCAUGGCCACUUACGCCACCGCCCUUGAACGAAUUGCUCAGCGCUGCUACGAAGAGGGCUUCUACAUGGAGGCUGAAACCCUGAUGAAUGCCGCGCAGGCCAUCCGAAAGGAUGUCUAUGGUCCAAAUGCCCCCGUAGUAGCUUGUGGUCUAACUUGUUUAGCUCUAAUUUAUGGAAAAAUGAAGGACUUUGACAAGGCCGUCAAAACGAACGCAGAAGCGUUGGCUAUUUGGGAAAAGUGUAAGCUCGAGAAUGGUCUAGUGGCAAAAAGUUACCUCCAGGCGGGUAACAUGCUUCUGAGUUGGGGCAAGGAAGAAGAUGGCGUAAAGAUGCUAAAGUUGGCCCUUGCCAAGGCAAGUGACGGCCUGCCUCUCACGGGCGACAUCUGGGACAAUGAGCAGGAUGCGGCUGCUAUGACACAGGCUCUGUCCAAACUCAACUCCAAAUUGCCUCCGGUAGUUGCGCUGCCAACAACCGUGCAAGACGCCCUCAAAGAGGUCGCGGUUGGACACGCUCACUGCUACCGCUUUAAAGCGGCCACUGUAUUAAGGGACUACCUGGAGGAGUGCAAGCCAGUGAACGUGGUGGAGACAUCAACCUCAGGUCCACGAAGAAUGACCGUUAUAGGACGCAGGUCCGUCUAUCGGUAG